AUGAGACCAGUUAUAAAACAUAGAGGUAACACUUACAAAACUAAAAGUAAUAGAAGAGAAGUUAGAAGAGGUCCUUCUGGUAAAUUAACAGCCAUUAAAGUUGGUAAGAAAGGAAAUGUUCAUCAUUGCCAUGAGUGUGAAAGACCAUUGUAUUCAAUAGCUGCAUUAAGAACAGCAGAAUUUUCAAGACAAAAAGUAUCUGCUAGACGUGUAAGUAGAAUUUUAGGAGCAACAAUUUGUGGUAAGUGUGUAGAAAAGAAAGUUAUUACUACCUUUUUAGAGCAAGAAUCAAAAGCUGUUUCUAUUAAAAAAUAA